CUUCAACUUCUUGAAUCCCAUUCCCAGCUGAAUGUUACCUUCUUUUUAGGUUUCCACUGCUCUAUCCUCACCCCCACCCCCCUGUGCGGAAGAACAAUCCAAGAAAGUAUUAUAAACAAACCCCCAAACUGAGCGUCGCUGCAAAAAAAAAUCAAUCUUUGAGCAAAUACAGAGUUUAUUGGUGAAGAAAUGGCGUCACAGUCAGCAAAUUUAUGGGUUUUGUUGGGAUUAGGAUUGGCUGGAAUACUUAUAAUGACCAGAAAGCUAAAGAAAGCUGUUAAAGCUGACUUUGGAGCCUUUGUUGAACGUCUUAAGCUUCUGCCACCGCCUCAGCCUCCUCCACCUAAAGCUCCUCAUCCUCUUACUGGCCUUUCUUUUGCCAUCUCCGAUGUAUUCGAUGUCAAUGGAUUUGUGACAGGGUUUGGGAACCCAGACUGGUCAAGGACUCAUGAACCUGCUAGUCAGACGUCCACCGUGGUCACCACACUUGUUGAAGGAGGAGCCACAUGUACUGGAAGAACUGUUGUAGAUGACAUGGCAUUUGGUAUUAGUGGUGAACAGAUGCAUUUUGAUACUCCAACAAAUCCGGCUGCUCCUGCACGGAUGCCCGGAGGGUCAUCUAGUGGGGCUGCUGUUGCUGUGGCUGCAAAGUUUGUUGAUUUUUCUUUGGGUACUGAUGCUGUUGGAGGUGUGAGAGUACCUGCUGCAUACUGUGGAGUUUUAGGGUUUCGGCCAUCUCAUGGGACAGUUUCUCACACCGGCAUAAUUCCUGUUUCAGCUAGUCUUGACACAGUUGGAUGGUUUGCAAGAGAUCCCAGCAUAUUGCGCCGUGUCGGGCAUGUGCUACUGCAGGUUCCAUUUGUUGCUCAACGGAAUCCAAGGAAUGUUGUUAUAGCUGAUGAUUGCUUUCAGUUACUAAAGUCUCCUGGUGAUCGCAUCAGUCAAGCAGUGACCAAAGCUGUCGAGAAGCUGUUUGGAAGACAAAUCCUAAGACAUGAGAAUCUGGAAGCUUAUUUAACCUCAAAAGUUCCAAGCUUAAAACUGUUUGCUGACAGAAAGUCCAAUGGUGAAAGAAAAUCUUCAUCAACGAAUUUGCUAGCAUAUGCUAUGCAUAUACUUAGGAGACACGAGUUCAAACAAAAUCAUCUGGAGUGGAUCAAUGCUGAAAAGCCCAAUCUGGACCCUUUUAUUUCUUCCCAAAUGCAAGGAGCGCUAGAAAUCGCAGAUACAAAUAUUGAUAGCUGCCAUGCAAUUAGGAAUGAAAUGCGCUCAGCUCUAAAUGAUCUUUUGAAAGAUGAUGGAAUUUUGGUCGUCCCCACAGUUGCUGAGCCUCCUCCAAAGACUGGUGCAAAGGAGAUUCAAUCUGAGGACUACCAGAUUAGGUUAUGCUCAUUUUCAAGCAUAGCUAGCAUGUCAGGUGGCUGUCAGGUCAGCGUGCCAGUGGGAUGUCAUGAUAAAUGCCCAAUUUCUGUGUCCUUUGUAGCAAGGCAGGGAGGUGACAGAUUUUUGCUCGACACCAUACAGACCAUCUAUGCAGAUCUCCAGGAACAGGCAGAAUUAGCCACAAAAUCAUCAGCAUCUGGUAACGCCCUGAGCAAGGAAACAUCUGCCGAAAUGGCUAAAGAAAAGGGUAAUCAAGCCUUCAAAGAGAAACAGUGGCAGAAAGCCAUUGGCUUCUACACAGAGGCUAUCAAACUCAAUGGUAACAGUGCAACAUACUUUAGCAACAGGGCUGCAGCUCAUUUGGGGAUGGGAAAUUUCCUCCAAGCCGAAGCUGAUAGCAGUAAAGCCAUUGAUCUUGAUAAGAAGAAUGUCAAGGCUUACUUAAGAAGAGGCACGGCACGAGAAAUGCUGGGCUACUACAAAGAGGCAAUUGAAGAUUUCAGAUACGCACUAGUUCUUGAGCCAACAAACAAAAGAGCAUCUCUGUCUGCUGACAGGCUGAAGAAGUUUUUUCCAUAGUUCCUUUAGAAGGUAAACAUGUUUAGAAUGAUUGCUGUUGCUGGACCCUUUCUGUGUCGAAGCUGGUCAUCUCAGCAGAAAUAUGAUAAAUUGAAUGAUUGAAAAUACGAGGAAUGAAGGCAACCUCAAAAUUCUUUCUUUCUCGUGGUACUUUGAAGACAAAGAGCGACCCCUUAGAUAUCGGCUACAGCUUUAAAAUAUACUAGAGUUUUGAUGUCUAGUGCAAUUUUGUUAGUAUAUUGCAUUCAAAUUGUAACUUUUUGAGCUAUUACUUCAUCGUUCAACAUGACCAAUUUAAUUACUUUUGGAGUACACAUUAUUUGGAGUACUGUAACCUAAACGUUGUAAGGCUUAUCACGUCGGUGCACUACUCCCUCUGGAGUAAAACAAAUUAGUAUAAA